AUGAGUUUCAACGGCGCGAACUGUAUCCUCUUACCAACUCUUGAAGCAGUCGUCGCACGCUAUGUGCUCGCAGAAUGUCUUCCAGACACCUCUCUCGCGAUGUACUGGCUAGCUUUUACCAUUCUCAACAACACAGUCCUCAUCUUUCACAACAUGGUCCUCUAUCCUUUCUUCCUUAGCCCACUGCGCGAUCUGCCGCAACCCAAAGGCUUCAUCCCGCUCUUCGGCCACGGACGGUUGCUAUUGAAGAAGCGUCAGGCAGGCGGAGACUGGCAUCUGCAAACCAUGAAGACAGUGCCCAACGACGGCAUCAUCCUCCGACGAGGGUUUCUUCAUACUACUAGACUUAUCCUGACUACGCCGGCAGCACUGGCAGAUGUACUGGUGCACAAGAGCUAUGAUUUCGAGAAACCGUCCCGAGCAAGAAGGUUCCUGAUGAGGUUCCUGGGAGAGGGCUUGUUGCUAAGUGAAGGAGAAGAGCACAGGCUACAGCGGAAGAGGUUAGCGCCUGCGUUCCACUUCAGGAACGUUAAAGAAUUGUAUCCGGUGUUUUGCGCAAAGUCGAUGGAGUUCUGCAGCGCGAUUAGGCAGGAACUUUGUGGGCGACCAGAUGGCGUACUGGAUAUCUGCCAGUAUACAUCGCGGGUGACGUUGGACCUCAUCUGUCUCGCUGGUAUGGGUCGAGAUACCGGGUCUCUGUUGAACGCCGAUGACGAGUUGAUCAAGAACUACGAGGAGAUUCUGGAGCCCUCCGCGGAGAAGAUGUGGUACUAUGUGGCUAACAUUGUCCUACCGCCUUGGCUGGUCAGCAUCCUACCCUGGAAGCUGCAUGAGCGGGCCAGGGUUACGACGAGGAAUUUGCGCAGGAUUUGUUCCGAGUUUGUAGCGGAGCGGAGGGCGAAGAUGCAGCAUAAGGAUGCCGAGAGCCGUGACAUCUUGUCGAUCAUGAUACGCGACAGCCAGCUGUCGGAUAAGAACCUGGUUGAUCAACUCCUCACCUUGUUAGCCGCAGGCCUUUUGGAGAAUAUGCCCUACCUUAACUGCGUCCUUAACGAAGUCCUGCGCCUCUUCCCUCCAGUUCCCAUCACGGCGCGCGUCGCCAUCAGAGACACGGUAGUCUGUGGCCAAAUCAUACCCAGCGGCACCAUGGUAUGGAUCGCUCCAUGGGCAAUAAACCGCAAUCCGCAGCUGUGGGGCCCGGACUCUGAAAAGUGCGUACCCGAGCGUUGGAUCGACAGCAAGACGGGGCGCGCGACGAUGAACGGUGGGGCGGACAGCAACUACAGUUUUCUCACGUUUUUGCAUGGGCCGAGGAGCUGUAUAGGAGAGAGAUUUGCGAGAGCCGAGCUAAGGGCGCUUGUUGCGGCGUUUGUGGGGAGCUUCGAGUUGGAAAUGGAAAACCCUAAAGAGAAGGUUGUCGUAGGUGGUGCGAUCGCUAGUAAGCCGAGGAAUGGGAUGAAGCUUAAGCUGAAGAACGUGCAGUGGGGUCCUUGA